AGUUUGUUUUCUAAAUGUUAUUGUAUUUAUAAUGAAUUUGUUUUUAAUUUCAAUUACAAUUGCAGGCAUAUAUAUAUCGAAGCAAUCUUCCGGAAUCUCGGUAGCUUGCACCGAAGGUCUAUGCUUGGAUAAAGGUGUUGUUUUUGAUCAUUUUCAUUUAUUUUUGGAGGUGACGCCGGAAGCUAUUCGAGGCUCUGCAGUGAAACUGAUUUGUGUGCCGUUGCCUUAUACCUUUACCCAUCCCUUGCUGCAAGUCGUCGCUCGCAGCUUUAAUUCUACUUCAAUUGAUGUUGCAGAUUAUUAUCUAAACAUGGCAAUUUGCUGCAGCUUAUACACGCUUAAUUGCAUGUAAA